GGGGAGGCGGCACGGAGCUUGAUUCACCUUCACCUGCGCCGGGCACCCGCUGACCCCGGGUUUCCGCCCGGAGAGCAGUCAGAUAUGAACGGACGGGUGGAUUAUUUAGUCUCCGAGGAAGAGAUCAACCUGACCAGAGGACCCUCGGGGCUGGGCUUCAACAUCGUCGGUGGGACAGAUCAACAGUAUGUCUCCAAUGACAGUGGCAUCUACGUCAGCCGCAUCAAAGAGGAUGGGGCUGCGGCCCGGGAUGGGCGGCUCCAGGAGGGUGAUAAGAUCCUCUCGGUAAAUGGCCAAGACCUGAAGAACCUGUUGCACCAAGAUGCCGUAGACCUCUUCCGUAAUGCAGGAUAUGCCGUGUCCCUGAGAGUGCAGCACAGGUUACCAGUGCAGAAUGGACCUAUAGUUCAUCGAGGCGACGGAGAGCCGAGUGGAGUUCCUGUAGCUGUGGUGCUGCUGCCAGUGUUUGCCCUUACCCUGGUAGCAGUUUGGGCCUUCGUGAGAUACCGAAAGCAGCUCUGAGAUGCCUGUUGUCUUCCAGUGUGUCCGAUGAGCUAACUAUCUCUCUCACUCACCAUCUCGACAUCCUCCCCUAGUCUUCCUUCCCACAUAGCCAACACAUGAUUUAAAGUGACUGCUUAUCACCCGAAACCUUGCUGUUCAAAAUCUCCAAGACUUCACAUUCUAAUGGAAGAGUAAAGAGAUUAUUUGAAGAAAGCUGGGGGUGGGGAGAGCCUUGCUUAGAAUAAAUGAGAAGUUACAUAUUUUACUAGAACUGCCAAUAAAAAUUCAGCUAUCAGCCAAAGAGGAGAAGCUUGCUCUUCCUGUCUCCAUGGACGACACCUUUUGCUUAGCUGGUGUGCUUUGAAGGCUAGCUGUGCUAUGUGAAAGGAGGAGCUGAUUUUUUAAAUACUUUUUCUUGGGAAGUAUUUGUGGCCUUUAAUUUGUAACUAUAUACUUAGAUGCCUAUAUUGGACAUAGGCGAAUGAAUUUUUUUCUUUUCUUAGAAAAGAAAAUACAUAUAUACACUAACACACACACACACACACACACACACAGCAUAAAACUGAUGCCUUAUGGAGAGUUAAAGAGGUGAGAAAACUACUGGUUCUUGGAUUUCUAGUGGACAAGUUUUGGGAACUAGGGGGUCAUAUUCCUUUAUAUAUAAUCAAAACUCAUAUUAAAGAAUGAGUUCUGGAUUGUAAAGAGAACUUACUUUUUCCACUUGUCUGUAAGUCUUUGUCCACAAGUUAAAAACAUACACAGUCCUAAGGGCUGAUCAUAACUGAAACACUUCAAAAAUUAUUGGCAGAGAAGGUAUAACGGGGAUGGAAAAGUUAGCUUUAAAAGAGAAUGCUCAGUCAGUGGCAUUAGGAAAAUAAUGACUGAAGCAAUUAGUUGAAAACUGUAGAACAACUAGUGUUCCAGGGUAGCUACAGUGAUGUGGGAAAUUGUGGCAAAGCAGUUCUUCUCAAGUCAAUUUGUUUAAAAGACUUUGGGGUGUAAAGAUGAGUCCUGACAGUCUCUGAAUGACCUUAGUGACUGUUGUACUAUGUGAAAGGAUCCAUUGGCAUGGAGAUGAGAAGUAGGAGGGCCAAAUAAACCAUCAAGACAACUGAAAAAAGAUCAUACCUCAGGGUGGCACUUGAACCCUCAAAGUGCUCACCAACUUUCAGUUUCUAGUAUCAGGCAAAGCCUAAGGGAAGGGACUGCUUUCCUGGCAGGGUGGACCCCAAAUCAGCCUGCUUCUGAUAGAGUUACGAUGAGAAGGCCCAAAUUGAUGUAGGCUUUCUUUUUGUGUAUUUUUCCCAAAGCUAUAAGCACUAGUUUUGGUUUUAAUAAGGUAAUGGACCAUUUUUUCAGAAAAAGGGGAAGGAAUAAGGUUUGUUUGUUUAUAGAGGGUGCAAGGAAGUUUAGUGAGCAUUUCUGAGGAAAGCCUGAGCACACAGAGUAGAUUAACUAUGCCAGAGAAUAGCCAGGGAUAUUGGGGGGUGGGGGGUAGUGGAGCUGUCCUGUUUAUGUAGCAUCAAAGUUGGUUUUAGAGUACUGAGGAUAGUUGAACCAAGCCUAAUUUUUUUUUUCACUUUAACAAAAUAAUUUCCGUCUUUUCAAUAAAUUGGCCAGACUAUUUUGACCUAAGAUUAUAAAGAGUUUUCCUGACAACCUAGCAGUCACUUAACAGAUGUCGAUUGCACAUUAGUUUUGUCAAGACACCUUUAUAACAAAGGGAAAUGCACACACUUCAUCCAAAAGGACAUUGUGGUUACAGUUAGGAAGAAAACACUUAAGAUGGAAUUAUCCAUGUAAGUGUAAGUUGUUUAUAUUACAGACAACAAAAGAAAAUAGCUCCCAAGCUUUGAGCACUGAAGAUCUCAGAGGAAGGACUCCUUAGGUGCCAAUCGUCUAGCAAGCAUGCAUACAUAGGGGACAAGUUAAGAGUCUUACCGGGUUGAGUAAGAAAAGGAAACUAUUGCCAUGCGAGACAGAGCACGAUGCAGCAAUGUGGAGGAUGAGCAGACAGCUAGCAUGUUGUAAGGAGCUCAGAACGGGAGAGCCUUCCUGCAGUGGCAUCGGGGGAGAAUGCAAAGGAAAGUCUUGAACAGUCCAGUGAGCCUUUGCCUCUGGAUAAACUGUUGAUACAGGGAGACAUUUGCUUUAAACAGUCUUCACAUAACCAAGCCAUUCAGUACUUCUUGAAACUGACUUCAUAACAGGAGUCAUUGUAAGUUCCACAGAAAGCAAGACGUAUGUAUUUCAGUUCUUGUCUUGACCAGCAGCACUCCGGAGGCCCAGUGUCCGGUGCCCUCCUUGUAUCUGAAGCAGGGGUAACAGCUCUGCUGUGGGCCUGUUUCCCUCUAGUAUUUACCUCAAGGCUUGGAAAUGUAUUUUGAAAGACCUUCAGUCAAACGAAGUAAAGCAAAUGUCAAGAAGGAUAAACCACUGUUGUGUGUUGAUGUGUGGUGUAUUGUGAUAUAAAUAAAAAAUAUCGUUGAAGUUUUACUUUGUAAAGAUUCUGGUAACACUUGGGUCUCCUUGGGAAAGAAACAACACUUGACCAAAGCAUUUAAGUUUUAGGCAAAUUCCAUAAUAUUUCACUCUUAGUUAUAAAAUUAUCAUACAUGAGAUGUUGAGGAUCUAUAUAGAUUAUUCAGAUUUUAUAUUCCUUAUAGAUUGACUCAAAUAUUCCUUAAAAGAUUAUAUAUGAUGCUCCUAUGGCAUAAAUUGUAAUGUUUAAUGUUUUGAAAAUUGGUUAUAGGUAUUUUUUAAGUUCCCAUAAAGUGUUUCUUGUAUUUGUCAUUGUGAAUUAUAUGUAAUUCUAAUAGAUAUUGUUUGCUUUAGUCAUUUUUGUCUCCUUUUCCUAUAGUUUCCUGUGUGAGUGAUUCCAUGUAAUUAAUUGGACUGUCUAGCCACAGGCAACAAAUAGAAGUAGUAUUUGUAAUUGCAGCCUGUGCCAGGGACUGUGUUAGACUGAUUAGUAACACUAUGAAUCACCCGAGAUCUUAAGUAUUGCUAUAAAGAGAAGACUGAAGAUGAGAGAGUAAAGUAUUUUCCUGGGAUUAUAUAGUUGGUAAAAAAGAAUCAUGAUUUAAACUCUGGACUUUGGAUAAAAGUAUCAGUAAUUUUCCUCAUUGCUAGCAGUCCUCAUGCAAGGUCUCUGGACUAAAGCGAUGUAUUACCUGCAAAUGCUUGAGUUUCAUCCCAUACUUAUGGCGUGAGGUGAGUGUGGCAGCCAGCAUCUCUGUCCUCCUAGGUAACUGGUUAGUGCUGAACCUCGAGAUUCACCACUGUCAGGAGCUGUCUCUGCUUAGAAUCACCUGGACAGCUGGCUGUCAACCCACGUUAAGUAAGAACAUGUGGGACUAGAAUUCAGUCAACAAUAAAAGCUUUCAUCAGGUGGCUAAAAUGUGCAGACUCUGUUUGUACUGGCAUGUUGGCCAUCACUCACAGAUGCAACUCUAGCCAGAAUCAAGAAUGGGGCAGAUCCAGAGCCCAGCUCGCUGAGCUUCUGCCCCAGAUUUCAGAGGCAGAGUAAGAAGUGGAACAGUGUUUUCCUCCCAGGUGCUCAGGACAGGCUGGUCAACUUCCAGUCACAUAUGCCAUUUAGUAAGUGCUUCGGCCUGUGCAGCCAUUAGUAACCAAAUCAUGGGAUAGUGAAUCUAAAAUACUCUUGGAUAAAAUUUGUAUUAGAAUUAAAAAAAAAUGAGGGUCAGAAAGGUGAACUAACUCCAACUUAGAUGCCCCUCCCCUUUAUUUUGGUCUCAAAUCUGUUUUAAUGUGUCCACAACAUUAAUCAAAAACUGUAUUUUUUUUUUCGGAGCUGGGGACUGAACCCAGGGCCUUGCGCUUGCUAGGCAAGCGCUCUACCACUGAGCUAAAUCCCCAACCCCCAAAACUGUAUUUUAAAAAUCAGUUCACUUUCAUCUUUUUUUCCUUGGGUUUUCAGUAAAGACCAGAAGGACUGACAGACAGCUAGAGAGGUUGUGUAGACAUCCAGAUGGGGAGAGUGCAUUGGACAAUCUGAGAAAUCUAUUCAGGUGCUGCCUAAUUCCAUUAGCUUUAAGUUAGAUACAAGCUGUUUGUAGUAUUUUGGGUUUUAUUGUGCAAAUAAACAAUAGAGGCCUUUAGUCCCAGCGUUAGGAUGCAGAGGCAGAAGAAGGCAGAUCUCUGAGAAGGAAGCCAGAAAUGGAUCUCUGUCUCCCCCUCCCUUCUCUCCCCUCCCCUCCCUCCCUCUGUGUGUGAGUAUAAUCAAUAAGGAUUUUAUCCUACCUACUUUCAAUGGAACGUAUCUUUUUGCAGAUACUGUUUUUUUUCUUCAUUGAUAACUAUCAACACUAGUAGAGAAAAUACAAAGAUAAAAUUUAGUCACUGAGCUGAAAUAGCUUAGCAUCUGAGAGUGGGUGAUCUUUAAUGUAUCUUUUGAACAUCACUGAAGAAGUAAAGUGUUUGAGUUCUUAAGCUCUCUCAAAGUAGAUUCAGGGUUGACUGUUAUCCUAGGCUAAUCCUUCUUUGCUGUUCCUUUUAACUGCAGAACUUUUAUUGAGACCAACCCUCACCUCACAGUGCAGUUAUGAUUUUUUUAAUAAAAGACAAUCUUUUAAAGAAUUUUGCCCAGUGGGCAUGAGAUUCUGAACUGCCAUUAACUCUUGUGUUGAUAACUGUAUAGAGAAUACACAGCACUCGACUACCUGAUGCACUUAAUACAAAGUUUGUCAGAAAGCAUUGCUGAUGAAAAGUCUAGCAUUCUGAAAUGCCAGUGCCUCUAACUAAAUUCCCCUCAUCGUUCCCUCAUUACACGGGAGAAAGGGAGGGGAAGAGGACUAGUAAAGGCUUUCAGUGCAGUUUUGUUACUUGUCAGCAGAGUGAUUUGCAAAAGAACUUCGUAAUGUAUUGACUAGUCACAGGAAAAUGGGAUGAUCCUCUUCAGUGUUGGCAGGUUUGCACGUGAAGACACGGCACUGAGUCCAGUUUUAACGCUGUGUUUCUAAUCCUGCUUGAACAUGAGUUUGUUAUUACUGGAUUCUUGUACACCUUCGAGGCUUUUCAGUUCUUGGAACAUUAUUUUCGUGAAGUACCUUAUGUUGUUUCCUUUCUGCUCUGAUUCUUAUGUCCCCUUGCAUCCCUGUAUGUAAACAGUCACUGUUUCACAGGUUAGAUGCCUGAGAGCUACUUGGAAAUCAAGUAAAAAUCAAUCACAUUUGCUAGGAAUUAUCAUCACCAAUGCAUCAGUGAUCCUGUUUCAAGCUCACUGAUACCAGUGUGUCCAGAUUUGCCUCUUGAACUAUGACAUUCAAUAAAGACCUGUUGAACUUG